UACAACAUCAUGGAGCUUCUACUUCUGCUGCUUGCUUGGGGACUCACAGGAGCGUUCCCACUGGAGGACACCAAGCUGUGCCCACUUCACUCCCAACCCUGGCAAGUGUCCCUGCACAGUCAAGGGACGACGUGUAGCGGCGUCCUCAUAAACAAGUGGUGGCUGGUGACAUCAUUUGCCUGCGCGCCCAGAUCCACCAGCGUCAUCGCGUCACUUGGGGAACAAGAUGUGACAGUGGAUGAGGGAACUGAGCAGCACAUUCCUGUGGCUGACGUCAUCUACCAUGACCCGUAUCGGUCGCCCCUCCACAGCUUGGUCAUGGUGCGCCUGGUUGAGCCAGCCCGUUUGAACCAGUACGUCCAACCUAUAGGUCUGCCGGGUCGCUGCCCUCAGCCUGGAGAUAGUUGCAGUGUCAGUGGCUGGGGUUCCACUGUGCCACAGCAAUAUGAGUCUCCUAAGUUGCUAAAGUGUUUGACUGUGACCGUUGUGGAGGAUCAAACUUGUAUGAGCACCUUCCCUGACUACAUAUUUUGGAGCAUAGGCAUGGUGUGCGCUGGUGGGGCCAAUGAGACCAACUGUUUGCAUGAUAAUGGAGCAGUGCUGGUAUGUGACGGGCAGCUGCAGGGUGUGCAAUGGUUCAGUCACGGCUGUGAAAACGAGGAGCACCCGAGCGUCUACACCAAGCUUUGUAUGUACAAUGACUGGAUGCGCAGAGUGAUGGACAACUACAUACCAACUACAACCAAAGCAUGGUCUACAACCUCGUUAUGAGGGGGCGUAAAACACAGGAGAAAACAAUACCUUGGGCAUUCUUGUUUAAUUCAACUGCUGCCUUAUGACUCAUGUGAACUAGCAGAUUAAUGAACAACCUUACCACAACAUACCUCAAACUAGAAGUCAGAGGGUAUGCAUUCAUUUGCACCUGCAAGGCUAGCUAAAAAAAUACCUUAAUAAUUACCACCUGAAAUUAAGUUGAUCACGUUUAAACAUAUUCUUAAUACCUAAAAACUAGGGGUGUACGGUACACAAAAAUCUCGGUUCGGUACGUACCUCGGUUUUGAGGUCACAGUUCGGUUCAUUUUCGGUACAGUAAGAAAACAAAAUGCAAAAUAUAAAUGUGGUAGUUGUUUAUAACACACCUUUGUGCUUUCAACAAUAGGAACAUUAGCCUAUACAAAGCAAGAAUUCUGCUCAAAAAGUAGCGGGUAUUUAAAGAUAAUCCAACAACAAUUUGCCUUUCAGACCCCACGUAUUGGUAAGCUUUCUUUAUGAAAGAAAGAAGAAAAAAGAGGUCCUGUGCUAAAGAGAAAAGCAAUCCCAAUGACAAAGAUUUUAAAAUGUAUUUUACAAAUGAAAUGCCUCAAUGAAUCUUUUUUUUUCAUGAACGGUUUUCAAAAGCUUUACUGGUGGAUUUUCUCAAGUUAAAGCGCCACACAGAAAUGAAUAAAUGUACUUGUGUAAGCAGGAUCUGUGUAUUAUUGUUAUUAUUUAAUUACAGGUGUUUUAGUUCAUUUCAAUUUAUUUUAUUUAAAUGGGCUAUUAUUUAUUUUAUUAUGUGUUUAUAUUUUACAAAUGUGAUGUAGUAUUCAUUUAUAUUGUAUAUUUUAUGUUGUGUAACUUUAGUUCCUAUGUGAAUAUUAGUUCCUACUUGUUUUGUUGUGGUAGGAGGGUUUUGUAUUGAACACGGGGCCGUGUUGGUUAUUAU